UUGUAUCAAAUUGCUAGUGAAAUUACAAAAAUGACAUGACAUGAACAAGUUAUCCCCUACCGGGAGAACACUUCCUCAUUAUUUCACAAGAAAGAGCUCGCAAAAAUACUUCUCCAAAUUGACAAAUCCCAAACUCACCCCCAAGAAUCAUGUUACAUAUAAGUUGAAAUUAAAUCUACUAUUAAAGCAAAUAUCAAGCAUUUUACAGAAUGUAUGAAGAUCUUAAGACGACCUAUAUAUCCCCAAACAAUUUCUCUCACAAAUUCAUGUUUAAACCCAAUUCAACUCGCCAUAAAAAACCUAUACAACGACCCAUAUACCCUCAACAAUGGCGACUUUGGUCACCUUCUUCAAUUCUGCGCAAAUCAUCGUCUUAUACUACAGGGUAAACAACUUCAUGCUCGUCUCAUCCUCUUUAACUUCAACCUCGAUAAUUUUCUUGCUUCAAAACUCAUCAAUUUCUACUCUAAAACUGACCGUCUCUGUAAUGCACGCAAUGUGUUCGAUGAAAUUCCCCAGAGAAAUACUUGGUCAUACAAUGCUAUGUUCAUAGCUUAUUCAUGUCAUGAUAAGCCAGUAGAGACAUUGAGGUUAUUCUCUUCUUUUGCAAGAGAAUCAAAUGAAUCACUGAAGCCUGAUAAUUUCACUCUUACAUGCAUCUUGAAGUCGUUGUCGAGUUUGUAUACGGAUACUAACUUAGCUAGAGAGAUUCAUUGCUAUGCUAUGCGACACGGGUUCGAUUCCGAUUUGUUUGUUGUUAAUCCUUUGAUUACAUGCUAUGCAAGGUGUGAUGAAAUGGGUAUGGCAAGGAAAGUGUUUGAUUUGAUGGGGAAAAAAGAUAUGGUAUCAUGGAAUUCCAUGAUUUCAGGGUAUUCACAAGGUGGGUAUUAUGAGGAUUGUUUGAAGCUUUAUAAGCUAUUGUUGGAUGUUGUGAAUUUGAAACCAGAUAACUUGACUGUGGCAAAUGUACUCCAGGCCUGUGCUCAAAUGAGGGAUCUUGUUCAAGGGAGAGAAAUACACAAAUUUGUUAUGGAGAAUAAUAUCAAAAUAGAUAUCUUGGUCUGUAAUUCAAUUAUAGGGAUGUAUGCUAAAUGUGGUAUGUUGGAUUAUGCUAGGGAGUUGUUCGAAGAGACGAGUGAGAGAGAUGAAAUUACAUAUGGUUGUUUGAUUUCAGGCUAUUUAGCUCACGGUUAUGUCGAGAAAGCAUUGGAACUUUUCAGGGUGAUGGAAAACCCGAGUUUGAGUACAUGGAACAGUGUAAUUUCGGGUUUAGAACAGAACAAUUUUCAUGAGGUUGCAAUUAACUUAAUGCGGGAAAUGCAGGAUUUGGGUUUUAAACCAAAUUCUGUGACAGUUUCGAGUGUUCUGUCUGCAUUAUCCCACUUCAGCAAUCUAAAUAGAGGCAAAGAAGUACAUGCUUAUGCUAUUAGAAAUGAUUUCGUGGAUAAUAUUUAUGUGGCAACUGGUAUGAUCGACGUGUAUGGAAAAGCUGGGUUUCUUCAAGGUGCAAGGCGUGUUUUUGAUCGAUCAAGGCAUCGGAGUGUAAUGAUUUGGACAGCGAUAAUUACAGCUCAUGCAACAUAUGAAGCUGCUGAUCAAGCCCUUUAUCUUUUUGAUGAAAUGUUAAAUUAUGGGACAAAACCUGAUCCUGUUACCUUAACUGCCAUAUUGACGGCUUGUGCUUAUUUAGGUUAUAUAGACAACGCUUGGAAGAUACUGGAGGAUAUGAAUGAUAAAUAUGGGAUACGACCCGUAGAAGAGCAUUAUGCUUGUGUUGUUAGGGUUUUGACGCGAGUAGGAAACAAGACCGAAGCUGCAGAAUUCAUAUCUAAAAUGCCAAUGUUGUUCAGUGCAAAAGUUUAAGGAUGCAUUGUUCAAUUCACUUCAGGAUUUUUUGUUCCGAAGGAAUGCAAUCUGAAAAUCAACAAUUUUGUACUUUAGUUAGGAUUUACUUAUGAGAGAAGAGUCUCUUAACUGCUUAUUCUUGCUACAAGUCAGUUUUUAACUGGCAACGGAAGCCUGUUGUAGGAAAAAGUUCCAUGUUAAUCGGGUCUAAGUUCAACAACCAUUUAGAUGAUGUUUGUACCUUGAUUUCAUGUACAACAUUUGUGCAAUUCAAUAUGCAAAGUUUGUAAUUAUACAACGUUUGUUGUUCAAUAUACAAUCAAACCAUGUUAUCAACAAAAACGCUCAUAUUGUUAUGAAA